UUGUCAGUGUGACAGACUCACGCAGGUACUCAUUGGACUUAAUCGUCGGGUCGGUUCUCCGUCAGUCGGUACCGAGAGUUCAAGUGACCGAGCCCCCGUCCACGCGCGCAGCUCCACGCGCGCAGCUCCCGCAGCCUCAGGAGGAGGGAGCCGAUACAGGACGGCGGCCGCUGCUUCGGAUGCCUCUCCGCGAUGCGGAGACGAUGGGAUUGAAUUGAGGUGGACAUCGCUCUGGGACUAGUCGCCGUUACCGUCCAGCAAACAACCCCAAAUCUUAACGAAACCACACCGAACUGCCCGGGGAGGCGAUGGAGAACUGACCCCAUCGUCCAGAAAGGAAGCUCCUCCCCCUUCCCCCCCCCUGCAGCCAUGGCGGGGCUAAAACGCCACCGUGACGGGAAGAUCGCCGGCCUGUACGACCUGGACAAGACGCUGGGACGCGGACACUUUGCCGUGGUGAAGCUGGCCCGCCACGUCUUCACCGGGGAGAAGGUGGCGGUGAAGGUGAUAGAUAAGACCAAGCUGGACCCGGUGGCGCGGGCGCACCUUUUCCAGGAGGUGCGAUGCAUGAAGAUGGUGCAGCACCCCAACGUGGUGCGCCUCUACGAGGUCAUCGACACGGCCACCAAGCUCUACCUCAUCCUGGAGCUGGGAGACGGAGGAGACAUGUACGACUGCAUCAUGAAGCACGACGGAGGCCUCACCGAGGAGGUGGCCAAGUGUUUCUUCGCCCAGAUCGUCCACGCCAUCUCCUACUGCCACCGGCUGCACGUGGUGCACCGGGACCUGAAGCCGGAGAACGUGGUGUUCUUCGAGAAGCAGGGCGUCGUCAAGCUCACCGACUUCGGCUUCAGCAACCGGUUCCAGCCCGGGAAGACGCUCAACACCUCCUGCGGCUCGCUGGCCUACUCCGCCCCUGAGAUACUGCUGGGGGACGAGUACGACGCGCCCGCCGUGGAUAUCUGGAGUCUGGGGGUGAUCCUGUUCAUGCUGGUCUGCGGCCAGCCCCCCUUCCAGGAGACCAACGACAGCGAGACGCUCACGAUGAUCAUGGACUGUAAAUACACGGUGCCGGAACACAUCUCCCAUGCAUGCAGCGACCUCAUAGCCCGGAUGCUGCAGAGGGAGCCCAAGAAGCGAGCGACCCUCGAGGAGAUCGGGGCCCACGGAUGGCUUCAAGGCGUCGACCCCUCCCCGGCCACCAAGCUGUCCACCCCUCUGGUGUCCCAUCGCAGCCUGUCGGAGGAGGAGCACGGCUCCAUCAUCCAGCGCAUGGUGCUGGGCGCCAUCGCAGACCGAGACACCAUCACCGAGGCUCUGGAGUCGAAUCAGUACAACCACAUCACGGCGACAUACUUCCUGCUGGCGGAGAGGAUGCUGAGGGAGAAGCAAGAGAAGGAGCAGCACAGCCAGACGCGAUCCCCCAGCCCCAGCAAGGCCCAGUUCAGGCAGUCCUGGCCCACCAGAGUGGACGUUCACCAGGAUGUCAGCGACGGCUUGGGGGGUCCGACUAUCUCCCACCCCGGGGGGCCGCAGUCACCGGCCCGCAGUGCCGAGAGCCUCCUCAAAGGCCCCAGGCCCAAAACGGCUCUGCUGGACCUCGGCCACACGCGGAGCCAGGAGAGGGGGGGGCUCAGGCCUCCGGUGAAGCCCCACGCCAACCCCCUCCGGCUGGGCUCUCUGACCUCACUGGGCCCUUGCAAAACUCGUAGUCCCAGUCUUUUCAGCGUGGAGGAGGACGAGGAAGAGGAAGGGGAAGAUAAGUGCUUCUCCUCGUCCUCGGCGCUUCCUGCUCAGGUGGUGCUUCGUUGCAAAGCCUCUUCCUCUUCCUCCGCGUCUUCUUCGGCUAAUCGCCUGACGUCCCGUAUGAGCGCUCCGGUUCUCAACCAGAUCCACGAGGAGGAUAAAGAAGAGGAGGAGGAGGAGGAGGAGGAAGAGGAGGAAGAGGAGGAAGAGAGGAGGGAGCUGCAUGGAUUCGGCCCGCCCAAACCCAUCCUCAGCCUCAGCCUCAGCCUCAAUCUGAACUCUAGAGCACCGUCACCGCCCGCGCUCACGGCAUCGCCCCAAACCGCCGCCGCGACGCCACCGGUCGCCGCGUUCACCCCCGGCUCGGAGUCCGGUGACGACGAGACGGAAAGCCACCAUAAACCAGACACGGCGACUGUGGGCGACGGACAGGGGGAUGAGAGAGGAGGGAGGGAGGAGGAUGGAGAGAAGAGGGGAUCGGGGCAGGGCAGUGCGUCCAACUGCGCCAGUCCCGGAUCGGGUUCUGGCCAAAGCAAGGGCGCCCCGAAAGCUGCCAGCGGCCUGGUGGAGAGCUUGAAGCUGAUGAGCUUGUGCCUGAGCUCUCAGUUCCACAACCUGACGGGUGGAGGAGGAGGAGGAGGAGGAGGAGGCAGCGGGGGCGUCAUUGGCGGGGAGGCCCAGGACCGCCCCGUGUGGCGGAUGUGCAUGGGCGGCUCCACCGGCAGCCUGGAUAAGGUGUCGCUCCUCGGCGGGCCCUCCCCCAGGGGGAACCUGUACCAGCACCGGCCCCCGCUGGGAGACGCCCCCGCAGACCCGCGGCCGGAGGGCUCCACCCUGAGGCCGGGGGAGCUGGACCUGGCCCGGGAGAACCACAGGAACACCAAGAACCGCGCGCUGCAGAGGCCCGUGAGCGACAAGACUCUGUCCGUCAACAUCCACCGGAGCACCAAGGAGGGUCUGCUCUGUGCUCCCACCCCCCACAGCUGCUGCCAGGUCAUCUAGGCUGCCCCCCCCCCCCCUCACGCUCACCCACCGUACAUCCGCUUGUCAUCUCGCUUUCCACGACUUCAUUUUUACGCUUUUUCCCUAUUAUUCAACACUGACGGACGGUGGACAACAGUCCAAAAUGCCUACUUUGCACAUUUAGAGACGCAAAAAAUCUAAAAAAGAGUCUCCGUAGAGGACGCCGGGUGCCGUGCCAUGUAUGUGAAGCACUUUAAACGGGCAACGAGGGACAUUUUAACCCGCUGGUGUGUUUUUAAAGGAGAGACAUUAAGUACACCGGGAGGUGCUUGCAUCCCCUGCUCCUACACACCUGUACAUAUACUGUACGUACACACACACACACACACACACUGAUAAGCUGGGGAAAAAAAGCGGGAUACACGAUGAGUUUUUAGUGUCACGUUACAUACCGUGUUUUUUUUCUUCUGUUGUACUUGAUGCUGUUGGGGUUUUUUUACCAUUUAUUUUUAAAAUAUAUAUUUUUUUCUCGAGACAAUCAUUUUAUGCGUUCUUUUUUUUAACGGAAAAUUCUGACUGAAACUGUUAAGUGACGCCCCCCCCCCUCGUGUGUGUGUGUGUUUUUUUUCUCUCUCAUUCAAAUGAGGAACAAAGAACGGGGUGCAAAUGGACCGGCGGUGUAUUUUCUAGUCUUAUCACUGUUUUAUUUUUCUAUCUCCAAAAGAACAAAAGGCUCGCUCACCUGUCAGGGUUUGUACAUAUGUGGAUAACCUUCCUUAGCGGCGCCCUGUGCUCGUAGUACUGACGGUCAAAGUUGUAUCGUGGUCGUAGACCUGAACACUCGAUCAUUACUCACCGGUAUCCUCCGCUACGACCGGAUAGACACGGGUUUUUUUGGUAGAAGUGGGAAAAAAAGACGUUAAACUGAAUUAUUCCACAACAGGCAGCUCUUCACUCUGAGAAAAGGACUUUCCAGGAUCACGGUUGCCACAGUUGUAGCAUAUUCCAAGGACUCAAAACAACAACAACAACAAUGGGGGUUUUCAAUACAUAACAACUUCCUUCUAGUAUCGGUCCGUGUAACUGGAUGUGUGACCCCCCCCUCCCCUCCCCCCACCGAGUGGAAUAUAUAACUUGAUAUCGGUGCAUGUGCUUUUUUGCCCCCCCCCCAACGGUCACUUCUACCUGUAGCCUCACAACUAAACCAGCGACUGCAAAAAUGUACAACAAAAAAUGGAUGUGCCAUAUAAUAUCUGUCUUGAGCAUAUUAUACUUGUAUGUACUGUAUAUGAUAGAGAUCUAUGAAAAUGAAAUGAUGUGAAUAAACUUUUGUUGGAGGGAGA